AUGGUGGAGGAGCCGGCAACAACGCGCUCGGGACGCGUCGUAAUGCCCUCAACAAGGGCCCGAGAGGCCUCGGGUAGCGACAAUAUCAGCGCCGUUAGAACGUCCAAGAAAUCAAUGACCCAAGUGGAAUUAACAGCGGUAAAGAAAGCCGCUGGCCUUAUUGAGGAGAAACAGAGCGGAAAAGAUGGAAACAGGGACAUGCUUAAAAAGAUAGGCCAGUACCUAGAAAGCACCUACCAAGAGGUUAAAGGACUGAAAGAAGCCCUUAUCAAACAAGAGAUGAUGAUCAAGGAACAGUCUGAAAUGAUCCGGGAACAGAGCAAUACAAUUCAAGCGCUGCAGACCCAAGUAGAAGCAAUCCGAAGCCAAGCUACAGAAGAUUACAAGCAACUCCAGGAACAGCUAGACACUGUCGCAAGUACUCCGGCUAUGACAACAUACGCGGCUGUAGUUGAUAGACAGCCCAGUCAUCAACAGGAUACACAGCUAGUACCCCUAGCCCGUCCUACAUUAGUUAAUACGCUAUUCUGCACAAUCGACACGUCCCGGGUCGGAGAACAAGACAAAGCGAAGACCCAGAUAGCCAAUAUAAGACAACAGAUCGAAAAAGAGAUGCGUGGGAAUGAGGAAACAGAAAACUGGCGGUGUGCAGCAAUGAUCAAGGACCCAAAAACUGCAGACCGGAUCAAGGUGGUUUGCAGACAUGAAGACGAGAUGCAGCAGAUCAAAGAAGCCGCCCAAAAGAUUGAGAUACCAGGAAUAAGAAUCCUACGAAACCAGCUAUAUCCGGUCAAAAUCGACAAUGCUAACCGGACAGCAGUAUUAGAUGCAGAUGGAAAUAUCUUAUCAGGGACAGCCGAAAUCCUGGGGAAAGAAAAUAACGUCAGCAUUGCUAAGAUCUCUUGGCUUAGCAAAAAAGACUCCAACAAAGCAUAUGGAUCUAUGGUAAUAUACGUUACCAAAGCGACGGAAGCCAGACGUCUGAUAGAAGGCAACUAUUUUGAUAUAGCAGGAGAAUCCGCAUAUACUCGGGUCUUUGAACCACAAACAGGACCUGCUCAAUGUUAUAACUGCCAAGAGAUGGGGCAUAAGGCCUUUUCCUGCAAGAAGGCUCAAACCUGCGCUAGAUGUGCAAAUAAGGGACAUCAUCACAGCACCUGCCAGGAUACAAUUCUAAAAUCAUUUCGCGUACUACAACUCAAUGUGGGCAAAAGAGAUAUGAUACAACAAAGCUUAAUGAACGAUAACGAAAUUAGAGAUUAUGGAGCGAUAGCAAUAUCCGAGCCAUACGCGCGGAUGAUUGAGAAGACAAUGAUAACAAGCCCAAUGGGACACAGCUACUGGACUAAGAUGACACCCACGGAGAGACAUGAAGGAAGAUGGCCAAUCCGGAGCAUGCUAUGGGUUCGGAGCGACAUUGAGGCAGAACAGAUCCCAGUAAAAUCCUCAGAUCUGACAGCUGCGAUACUACAAUUUCCAGAUAGGGCAGUACUGGUGGCCUCAGUCUAUGUGGAGGGGAACAAUGAGGAAGCACUAAUAUCUACAACUAGGCUACUACAUAGCCUAGUGGUAGACAUACGGGGAAGAGAUGGAAAACGGAUGGAUGUUCUAAUUAUGGGAGACUUCAAUCGGCAUGACCAACUCUGGGGCGGAGACCAAAUAUCUCCAGUAAGACAGGGGGAGGCUGAUGCUUUAGUUGACUAUAUGACCGAACACUCACUCCACAGCCUUCUACCAAGAGGCACAAAGACAUGGCAUUCAGGGGAUACAGAAACAACAAUCGACUUAGUCUUAGCAUCGACGGAGCUAGCAGAAGAGAUGGUUAAAUGUGGCAUACACUAUACAAACCAUGGAUCAGACCACCAAGCUAUUGAAACAGAGUUUGAUAUAUCAGUCCCGGAUCGACCUACCACUGAGAGAUUGCUCUGGAAGAACGCGCCUUGGACAGAAAUUAGAGCUAGAGUCACUACCAGCUUACAAGGGGUUCCCCUGGACGGCUCAGUCCAGCUGCAGACGGAUCGCCUGAUGAUAGCGGUCACAGAAGCAGUCUCAAAACUUACACCAAAGGCAAAACCCUCACCAUACGCGAAACGAUGGUGGACGACAGAUCUAACGCAGCUUCGCCGUAUAUACACAUACUGGAGAAAUCAGGCUAGAUCGCGGCGUAGAGCAGGAUGUAUAAUCCAUGAGCUCGAACAACAAGCACAUAAAGCGGCAAAAGAAUAUCAUGAUGCAAUCCGGAAACAGAAGAAGAUACACUGGGAAGAUUUCCUUGCUAAUGAUGCAAAUAUAUGGCAGGCAACUAAAUAUCUAAAACCUAAUAGCAGCUCAUUCAGCGACAAAAUACCACCAUUGGUAAAGGCAGAUGGAUCUACUACCAAAGAUAAAGGAGAGCAGAUGAAAGAGUUGCUUGCUACAUUUUUCCCACCAUUACCGACGAGAAUAGAAGAUGAGGGAACUCGGCCACAAAGAGAGCCGAUACACAUGCCUGAUCUCACUAUGGAGGAGAUUGAACGAAAAAGUCUUUGA